AUGACGCUGCGAAUAACGCGGGGCAUCACGUCGCUCCCCAAGCGCGUGCGGGUAAUCGCGGUGACCUUCCUCGCGCUGAUGGCGCUACUGACGCUGAUGUCGGACGGCGGCCCCCGGGAGACCGACGCCACGCCCGAGUCGCUCAAGAGCGCGUCGGCGGGCGAGCACGCCGUGGACGACGUCCCGCUGGCGCCCAAGUCGCGCCUGGACCUGGGCGCCUCGGAGGAGGGCAAGACGGCCACGAUCGUCACGUGCCCGAGAUGCAGGCUCAACUCGCUCCCCCUCGUCAAGAAGUUCGUCUACCACCACGCCAAGCUGUUCGAGCCCCGCCUCAAGGUCGACUUCAUCCUCGGGGAGGACCCCGUGCUGCACCUGUAUGACCACGGGAAGGAGGUGGAGGAGGUCCCGCUCGCGAAGUUCGACUGGAAGCAGAUCAUGCGGAAGCUCGUCGAGUUUGGGAUUAAGCCCAUCGAUGUCACGGAAGACGUGCGAGAAGCGUUGGAGAUGCAGGAUGAGUAGUCAUGGCGCGCGGAUCGCUACAUUCUUCGCGUGCGUCCGCAUGCUCCUAUCCACCCCCCACUCACUACCUCUCGCGGCUCAAAGCUAUGGAGUUAGACGCAAUGCUCCUUUGCAACCUUCCAAGCCUCGUCUUUCACUCGGCGGCAUUAUGUAAUUCGCUGCCUGUCUUCGAGAUGCCCGAGUGCGAUGCUGCUGUACAAGUAAAUAUCCUGUUGUAUACGACAAGGAAGACUUGCUGUGGGAGCUUGCAGUUGUGAAGUCGAUCUCCAUGGCUGGGGAAUGAGCGGGACGUAGCAUGUCUGUACACCGACGCUUGCGCGUGCGACGACCCGCUGCCGAUAUGCCUGCAGCUUAAUGUACGACUGCAUCACAGCGGAUUGGGAUUGCGGUAAAACUCACGAGUCCGUCGAAAGCGUUAUGCCAACGUAAGGCAGGGCUUAGCUAAUACUUGUACUCAAAGAGAAAAUGCGGCGAUGCGAUCCCAUACCGUUUGCACAAGAGUGUUAAGACCACAAAACCUGUGCGGGGCCGAUCAUUCUCUCUAGCUGUGCACCCAUACUAUCGUGAGUUUAUAAAUUGCGUUCUCAAUAAAUGGAGACGUGGAGAAGGCGGGUGGCCUGAAUGCACGCCGCGCGUGAGAUGCCUUUGACGAGCUGAACCCAGGCAUGGCCACCUGACUUGUGUGACGUCCAGCCUGUUACU